AUGACUAGCGCCAAAACUUACUGGACAAGACAACUUUCCAUGACUACUGCGGUGCUAAAAGCGCUCCGGGCAGAGAGUUUCCAGAUGGAUGUAGCAUUACUCCGUACUGACCUGCAGGGCCUAUCGGGCAGACUAGUGAUGGUGAAAGCAGCAUGCAGGGACCAAGCACUGCAGAUUGCAACAUUACGGAAGGCAGUCAAGAAGCUCCAGCAGCAAAGUGAGAUGAGUGAACGCUGCUUCACCACCUUCAAAGGAGGUGCAAAAACAACAUCAAAAUAUGGGGUAGCUUGCAAGAGGUACCGACCGCUGUACUUCCACAUUUCCUGA